AUGGGCGGCGGCGGCGGCGGCCCGCGGCGGCCCGGCGCUCUGCCGCUGCUGGCGCUGGCGCUGCUGGCGGCGCAGGGCGGCGCGGCCCCGCUGCAGCCCGGCGGCUCCCCCGCGCUCACCAAGAUCUACCCCCGCGGCAGCCACUGGGCUGUGGGACAUUUAAUGGGGAAAAAGAGCACUGGAGAUUUUCCUUAUGUUUAUGAAGAAGAAAACAAGACACCGUUUUCAGCAUUACCUGAAAAUAUCAAGCAGCUGGAAGACUAUCUGCAGUGGGAAGAAAUCUCAAAAUAUUUGCUACGGCUGCUGGAAGGGAAUGAAAAUAAAAGUGCUCACUUUUUAAAAGGAGACCUUCCCUGGUAUAGCAGGAACACCUGGGAGACAGAUGACAAUAGCAGUUGGAAAGAAAUGAUGGACUAUCUGCUUCAAGUUGUGAAUAUGAAAGAGAGCACUCCAAGCUGAAAGAAGGUCUCUAAAUCAUGAAGAAAUGGAAUACUUUCCGUAAGAGACUAUAUUUCACAAGCACUUGAUUGUAUCAGAUAAUCAACAAGGUCUCUUUUCUGUAAACAAGAUUUCCUUUGU